AUAAUUGCAGAGAUAACCUAUGGUUUACUCUAUUCUCAUUUCCAUCGAAUCAAUUUUGCAUUUCAGAAAAAUCAAAUAGAGAUAACCUAAACACCCAUGAUUGGACUGCUCCCCGCCACCAGCCAGCGUUUCCGACCGGGAGUCCGACGCGACCUCCAUCCAUUCCGACGAAGCUCCGACUCCACCCUGCAGCCACCGCAAUCGCUUCCGAUUCCGACGCAAGCAGCCUAAUACGCGGCCAUCUCCCCCGAUUCAACGCCAUGAACACCACGCCGUAUCGAAUCGCAAAUAGCUCCGUCGCCGGAACCGCGAAAUCAGAUUCUAAGUCUACCCUGUAAGUUCUUUUUGCAUCCAUUUUACCAAUUUUUAGUUUCAGAGAGUCUCCUACCAGUCAAACUGAAUGCAGUUCCAUGCAUAAUUGAACCAAGGAGUUCCUGGUAAAAAUUUGUGGCAAUUAAUCAUUGGAAGUUACAAAACUAAUUCACAAUGUCUAGCGUGGGUCCUUAUACCAACCCAAUUGGGUCACAAGUCUUUAGGCAUAGUCGCACAACUUAUUUAAUGCACACAUAUGCAAUUCAAUCUAUUCAUAUACUGAAUCUAGUAAACUACUGACAAAACUUUACCUUCAUUGCAUAACAAUCUCUCAUCACAGCACAAAUAAAUACCCUUCAAUUUUUGUCAUUACUACUAUUAUUAUUGAUCUACAUUCAUAUUGAUAUUGAAGCAGAAGGAGAAAACUUUCUAAACAAAAACUAUAUACAGUUGUAUUAGUAGUGUACCAUUUCUAUACAUUAUGAAGUUCCAAACACAUUCUUAUCUAUUUUCCACUACAUUUCUCCGUUUGACAAUAUUUUUAGUUAUUUUUUGCAAAACAAAAGCUGUUUUGAAACUGCUGCCAAAUGUUUCGAUUACAGCGGUGUUUGUGUUUGGAGAUUCAAUCAUGGAUACUGAAAAUAACAACAAUAUGUCAACACCGUCUCGGUGCAAUUACCCUCCUUAUGGAAGAGAUUUUAAAGGAGGAAUUCCAUAUGGAAGAUUUAGCAACGGAAAAGUUCCGUCUGAUUUUUUAGUUUCAGAAUUAGGAAUAAAAGAGUAUCUACCAGAAUAUUUGGAUCCAAAUCUGCAGCCUAGUGAAUUGCUCACAGGUGUGAACUUUGCAUCUGGUGGUGCAGGAUAUGAUCCUUUGACAUCAAAAUUAGAGGUAGCUAUAUCUAUGUCUGGACAACUAGACUUGUCCAAAGGUUACAUUGUGAGACUUAAAAGACUUGUUGGUGAAGAUAGAACAAAUUUCAUCUUAGCCAAUAGUCUCUUUUUUGUGGUAUUAGGAAGCAAUGAUAUUUCUAACACAUACUAUUUGUCUCAUAUGAGACAAGUGGAAUAUGAUUUUCCUACUUUCUCUGAUUUCUUAGUCAACUCAGCUUAUAACUUCUACAAGGUAAUUUUGAACUUUCAUCGAAACUAUUUCAUCCACUUUUAAUUUUUUCAACACAUGUUAUUAAGGCUGUUAAAAAAAAACUAUGAACUGAACUAUACCGUCGAACCAAACUGUACUGAAGUUAAAAUAAUUGAACCGUUAUUUUUGGUUAGUGAGUCAAAUCAUAGUGUACAAACAAUUUUAGAACCAAAGUAGAUUGAAUUCGUGGUCGGUUGGGUCAAAGUAACAUUAUGCAACUUUCAGAUGUAUGAGUAUCUAGAAAAUCGGGUAUAAGGAUAGUUGAACGGCGAUGUAAUUGACAAUGCAGGAUGGAUAUGAGUUGGCAUAAGAGCUACUACUAGAACGGGAAAGACUGCAAUCUUUUGGUCAGAUAGCAUAAAAUAUUGUACUUCUCUACUAUGCUUCAUAAAGUACACUCUUUAUGCAUGAGAAUAUGAAGGACCUGCAAACAAGCAACCUUGAAAUUGAAUUAAACUUUUGUAGAUCUUGAUCAGAUUUCGGCAGCAUUGGAGGUUCUGCAGAGCGGGUGCUGUAAAUUGGAGUUGCAAUUUCUUGCUGUAGUUUAUGCAGAGUUGGUAUUUCAAAUAUUUGUAGUGGAGUUGAUCUAAUCAACUAUCAAUCCAAAACAACUUCAUGAGCUGUCAACUGUGCUACCUUAGAUAGUUCUGUUUGUUGGUAGGGUUAUGGCGAUUUAUGAUUCAUCAGGCCUUCAAUUGUUUGGAAGUGCAGAGGCAGUGUCGGUUUCCUUAAGAGUUUUGAUAUUUGGUUUAUGGUGUGAGAAUUUGAUCCUGCAUGAAUUAGGUGUCAAGAGUUUAUGAUAUUUGGUUUUUGGUGUGAGAAUCAGAGUUUAGUGUUAUUGAAAAGGAGUAUAGUUUCUGAAGUCCUAUGUUGAUGCGGCUGCUGGUGUGGGUUUUGCACGCUCGUGCAGGGUGACAGUUAUAUCGCAAGUGAAAUUUUUAGGCUCAAAUCUAUUGGUUGAAUUAGUUUGAUGCGUUUGCUUGGUGGUCUUUGCAGUAUUGUUCCCUUCAGUUCGAUGUUGCGUUGGAUCUUAGCUCCGCCGGUGUUCCAUUUUGCCGGUCUUUUUCUUGGUUGCAGCUCCAUAAUUUCAACUGCGUAGCAUCAUUUGUUUUGUAGUUUUAGGAUGAUUUAGUCCUGAUAUACUUGUGGAUGCUGGUGCAGGCAGAUGGUUUUUAGACUGAUACUGGCGUUUUAGCAGUGUUUUAGCAGUAGUGUGGCCUGGUGUGCUUUAUCCUUAUAUUACAGCAUCACUUCUUGUGCUGUUCAUUUUUAAUACAAUUUUAGUUUUUCCAAAUUUUUUAUUUUGAGGGUUGUUUAUUAUACUUCGUUGUUGAUACACCUGUGUCACUAUGUAUACUAAUAGACUUUUGUGUAUGAUUGCUCCUUACUUAUUUUUUUCCAGUUUGAUAUGCUUAGUUAAUGCUCUCACCUCGUGAUGUCUAGAUAUAUCAUUGCAUGUGAAACCUCAAAGACAGGCUUCGAGUUUUUUGCCAUUGUAAUUCUUAAUGAUAUAUUUUUUAUUUACUAGUUUAUUUGCAUUCCAUAACUUCUAGAUUAAGUUAUAUUAUCUUGCAUCCAUGACUUUAAAUGGACCAAAUAAAUGAUAAAAUAAAUUGAAUAAUUAUUUUCAAUCAAUAAGAAUUAAAUGAGAUUUUAUUGAACUACUACCUUAAUUUUAUACAUAAAAGUUGUUAAGUUUUUGAGUCAAAAUUUGGGAUAAUUUUGUCAUUUUUAAAAUUAUUUUGCAAAAUUUUUUUUAUCUUUAUUUAUUUAUUAUUUUUAAAUAAUUUUGUAAAAGAGUAAUUUUUCUGAAAAAAAAAUCCAAAUAACCAGGUUUAAAAAAAAAUUACACUAAAAACCAGGUUUUCAGGAAAAUUACCUGUAUGACCAGGUUUUGCAGGUGGUCUCAACAUAGGAGCCACCUGCGGUGGCGCAAACUCACAAAUGACAACACAUAUGCGCCACCUGU